CGGGGCUGGAAAUUACAGGUGUCCGGCUGCUCUUAGUGCACCUCUUUUUAUUUUCAUAUUAUUUUGAAAAUAUCGAAGCUCUGCCAUACAGAAACACAUUUUAAGCAGAAAUGAGUAAGAUCACAAAGUUAUUCAAGUCCUCUGGUGGGUCAGGUUCUUCUUCUAAGAACAGAAAAGGACCCAGUGCACAGGAGGCCCUCUUCAAACUGAGGGAGACUGAAGAAAUGUUAACCAAAAAGCAGGAAUACCUAGAAAAGAAGAUCGAACUGGAACUAGCCACAGCAAAAAAACACGGCACCAAGAACAAAAGAGCUGCUUUGCAGGCAUUAAAAAAAAAGAAGCGGCUGGAGAAGCAGUUGGCACAAAUCGAUGGAACCCUUUCAACUAUUGAAUUCCAAAGAGAGGCCCUGGAAAAUUCACACACCAACACAGAAGUGUUAAAAAAUAUGGGUUACGCAGCAAAGGCUAUGAAAGCGGCUCAUGAGAACAUGGAUUUAGAAAAGAUUGACGACUUAAUGCAGGACAUUCAUGAGCAGCAAGAUGUUGCACAAGAAAUCUCCGAUGCCAUUUCUCGGCCAGUUGGCUUUGGCGAUGAGUUUGAUGAGGAUGAGUUGUUGGAGGAAUUAGAAGAGCUGGAACAAGAGGAUCUGAACAGUCAAAUGGCCAAUGUUAACCUGCCAAGUGUUCCUUCAUCGAAACUUCCAUCAACGAAACUUCCAUCCCGACCAGCAUCUUCACGCAAGAAGGUGGAGGAUGAUGACGACAUGCAGAUGCUGGCAGCUUGGGCCACUUAAGCCUGGGAGAAUUUGGAUUAAAAUAAUCAAAUAAACUGCACAGAUAAAACCUGAAUCAGAAAGAAGAUCAUUGUCCAGUUACAAUCGCUCUUUGCCAGUGAAGUCAUUUCUCCCAAAGAAAUAACCCAGGAAUAUUUUUCAGCAUGAAGGCUGUCUUCAUAAAUCCCUUGUAGAAAUAUGUAAUUAUAGAACAGGAAUAUUUUUUUUUUUUUUCCUAUGGAAUUUGAUACACAGUUUUGUAUGUAUAUAUGUGAGUGUGUGUGUGUGCAGAUAGAAAGUUCCGCUUGCUUUGGAAUUUGACACAUGUAUGCAUAUAGGCACAACAUUUUCAUGCACAGGACUCCCAUAUAACGAAGACUUUAUAUGUGUGAACCCCGAGUGUCUUGAGGUAUCCUUCAAAUGUAUCAUAAUGGGUUCUGUGUAUGUGGCUUUGCUUGUGCUGUAUAUAUUGAUGUAAGUAUUUUGGUUUAAUAAAAUUAGUUUUAUGCUUUG